AAUGCGUCGAAGUAAAACUCGGAGGAUAUUCCACGUGUCCAUCACAUUGCUGCUGGUUUCAACGAUUUUCUGCCAAAAUGGGACAAAACCUCACAACAACUCAACUUCGGACCAAAUGAGCUCAUCUUGGAGCAACCGGAGCCAGACAAUGUACUCGAAUGCUUCUUCUCUGCUUAGUGACCUACUCUUGGACUAUGAUAUCAGGCUGAGGCCUGGUUUUGGAGGAGACGCUCUUCUUCUGACGAUGGACAUCAUCAUUGCCUCGUUCGACUCGAUUUCCGAAGUUGAUAUGGACUACACUCUCACAAUGUACUUGCAUCAAUAUUGGACAGAUGAGCGGUUACGGUGGAGCAAUGAGAUUCCGAUUGAUGAGAUGACGUUGAGCGGAGAAUUUUCACAAAACAUCUGGGUACCUGACACAUUUCUGGCCAAUGACAAGCAUUCUUAUUUGCAUGAAGUCACUGAACGAAACAAGAUGCUCCGAAUAAAUGUCGAUGGAAAGGUUGCAUAUGGAAUGAGGCUCACGUCAACAUUGAGUUGCUCCAUGAAUCUUAGAAAUUUUCCGCUGGAUUCGCAGAAUUGCACAGUUGAGAUUGAAUCUUACGGGUACACAACUUCCGAGGUCCUAAUGAAAUGGAACUACCCACUAGCAGUGCACGGCGUCGAACAAGCCGAUGUUCCCCAGUUCACCAUAACCGGAUUCCACACCGAAGAUAGCAUUGUCUCCACUGCAACAGGAUCUUAUCAACGACUGUCUCUCGUUUUCCAACUCAGACGAUCAGUUGGAUACUUUAUAUUCCAAACCUAUCUUCCAUGUGUUCUUAUUGUAAUGCUAUCGUGGGUAUCGUUCUGGAUUAAUCAUGAAGCUACAAGUGCUCGAGUGGCUCUUGGUAUUACAACUGUGCUCACGAUGACGACGAUUUCGACGGGAGUUCGGCAGAGUUUGCCGAGGAUCAGUUAUGUGAAGAGUAUUGAUAUUUAUCUGGUUAUGUGCUUCGUCUUCGUUUUCGCCGCACUUCUAGAGUACGCAGCCGUCAACUACUCCUACUGGGGACGUGAACGAGGAAAGGGUGGCGGAGGAAACGAGUGGCCAGUCAACGGAGCGAAUAAAGAGGACCGCGAGUCGGCGGUGAAUGUUCAAAAAUGGGUGCCCAGUGGGUUGAUGGAUGGUGUACCUCAACCUCAAGAUCGGCGGGUUGAAGCUCUUGAAGAGGCGAUGAGCACGAGUAACACAGCUGCUCAGAAUAAUAAUUUUGAAAGCACCUCAAAACCCAAGAAGCGUUCAUCUUCACCAAUUCCACCACUAUGCCGAGCUGGUAACACGAUAAGUGAAGAAUCGGAAUCGCCUGACUAUCCGAGAUAUUCAACGACUUCCCUGAAAGGAGCAAGGCCGCAUGCUUCCUUAAAUCACAAGACACAUCAUCUCAAAGGGAGAAGCUCGGCUAGAGCUAAGCGAAGAAUGACUUUGGCUCGAAUGAAUGUAUCCAUGAAACAAUCAAUAUCAGGAAUUGGGCGAAGAGCACGGAAAGUGAUUCCGACGAUUCGUGUUCGAGAUGUUAAUCUUAUUGAUAAAUACUCACGGGUUGUGUUUCCAGUAUGCUUUAUUGUUUUUAACUUAUUCUACUGGAGCUACUACAUGAUGGUCCCUUCCUAGUCGUUGCUUUAAAUUAGCUGUCGUCUCUCCAAAGUUCUUCAAUUCUCUAAUUCGUAUCCUGUGAACAAUUCGUGAUUUUUUGUUUUGAAUUUUUAUUUAAAAAUAAAAUUUUAUUUUGAUU